UAUAUGUGUAUUGGAUGGGCACACAGGCAAGGAUUGUUGUUGAUGACCCAGAGAUAAUGGAGCAGAUUCUGUCCAACAAGUUUGGGCAUUGCGAGAAACCUGAGCUCAAUAUUGAAUUGAAACGCUUACUUGGUUAUGGCCUUGCAAGCUCCAAUGGAGAGAAAUGGGCUCGCCAAAGAAGGCUUCGCAAUCCGGCCUUUCAUUUAGAAAGUUUGAAGACAAUGGUUCCAGUGGUGGCAGCGAGCACCGCAAAAAUGUUGGAGAAAUGGGGAAAUGCAAUUGCAGACGGUAUGAAAGAAAUUGAGGUCUCAGAAGAAUUUCGAUGCAUUACUGCAGAUGUGAUAGCCCGGACAACUUUUGGGUCUAGUUUUGAGGAAGGAAAACAUAUAUUUCACAUGCUAGCUGAAUUGACCAUUCUCGCUGGUCAAAGUUGUGGGAAAAUAAAUUUCCCAGGUUCCAGGGAGUGAGGCUACUACCACUUUACUUACAUGGACACUCAUUCUAUUAGGAAUGCACAUUGAUUGGCAAGAUAAAGCAAGGGAGGAAGUGCUUAAUAUAUUCAAUAAAGAAAUUCCAAAAUUUGAUGCCAUCU